AUGAAAAAAGUUGAUGGAUACACAAUAUACCAGUUCCAAUCAAAUCGACCUGUUAAAGCAUGCAUAUUGAUGAAAGAAAAUUCAUUCAGCACCCUCGGUAUUUCAGAAUACUCCAACUCUAACUGUUCAAUAGUACAAAUAAACAAGGCGGGCAAACAAAUCUACCUCGUAAGUGUAUACAUAGAACCACGUAACGAUAUAUAUGACACCAUGAAUCAACUUGGAGAUGACUUUAACGGCUGGCACUGCCUUUGGAACUCUAAAUCAAACAACAAAAGAGGUAAUAUAAUAGCUAAUUUAGUAUAUACUUAUAACCUAGACGUAUGCAAUCAGGGCACCACGCCCACUUUUGAAACAAUUACACAUGGUAUACAUAGAGACUCAAUUAUUGACCUAACAUUAACAAGUAACUCACUAGUAAACCAAGUUAUGGAUUGGAAAGUUAAUCUUGAAAUAUGUCCUUCUUCAGAUCAUAAUGGCAUUGAAUUUAAAUUACAUCUAGAUGACCGUAGCAUAAAGAAAAACAAAAGACUGCCCACCUUUAGAUACCACACCACCCGUAUUAAUUGGGAAAACAUAGAGGAAAACUUCAAAAAAGAAAUCAAUAAAGCACUUCCAACACAAGAAAAUAUAUGCAAAUUAGACACAGUGCAAUUAGAAAAAUUUAUAGUAAAUAUGACACUUGCAAUACAAACUGCAUGCAAUGUAACUUUGCCUCGGGCUUUAAGCAAAAAAUCACAAAAUCCUUGGUUGUCGACAGAACUAGAAAAUAUGAAAAAGAAGCUCAUAAAGAAACACCACACAAUUCAUCAAUUUAAACGUCGAAGCCUACCGUUAACGGAAGCUAUAGAUGAGCGUAAUAAAUUGGAAGCGGAAUAUUCUGAAGCAUUAAAAAACGCAUCAAUCUUAAACUUCAAAGAAUUCUGCAAUAAACAGGGAAAAGACGAUGUCUGGUCAUUGACCAAUAAAUUACUUAAAACCAAACCUCUUACUCUACCACCAUCAACUGUAAAAUUAAGAAACGGUUACUAUACUGUAAAUACUACCGAGGCGGCAAACGUAUUUCUAAACGAAUACUUCCCUGAUGAUACACCUGAUGUGACAGAACAGCAGCGUGAAGCAAGAUCACUCAUGGAAAUUUCUCCAAAGACCACUCCUGACCCGUCAUUCACCACUGAAGAGAUCUUGGACUGCCUCAAAACUAUGAAUCCCAACAAGUCACCAGGGCCCGACCAUCUAACGAAAGCGCAGAUUGAUUUUGCGGAAAGCUCAGCCACAAAGACACUCACACGCAGUUGCAUCCAAGUAUCAGUGUGUGGAGCAACUUGUUGGAAUCUGAUUUUGGAUAAACUUUUAGAGUUUAAACUCCCAGAAGGGAGUCACAUACAAGCAUUCGCAGAUGAUGUUACACUUAUUGCUCAUGAUAAAAAUUUAGAACUUUUACAGAAUAAAACCAAUCAAGCUUUAGAAAUGAUCACCCAAUGGGGAUUUAAUGCAAAAUUAACGUUCGGACCUCAAAAGACGCAGGCAAUAGCAACGCUAACAACGCUGAGAAAUGCGUAUUAA